AUGCUGCCGAGCCAGUGCGACUUGGACGGCAUUGCCCUGCCGGAUCAGUUCAAGCAGUGGAUAGACCUGAAGCACACGUUCUGCGAAUCCACCGGGUAUUACCCGAAGAGCCUGAAGGACAUGCUCGCGCGACUGGACCUUCCGUUGAAGGGACGUCUCCACUCGGGGAUCGACGAUGUGAAUAACAUGGUUUCGAUAAUAGUGAAUUUAAAAGAGAAGUACAACGCGCAGUUUAAAAUCACCUCGUCGUUGGCAACUUCUGCGAUACACUUGAGUUACGGGCAGACUGGAGUAGCGAGGAAUGUGUCGAGGAAGAACACGUGAACGUGAUUUGCUAGAAACAGGUUUAAUGUUAAUAAAAUA